AUGUCAGAUACUCAACCAACGGCCAGUCAAUCUAGUAUAACUGAAGUACUGGAAGAGACGUCAGAGACGACAGUAGAUAUAACAACGCAGCAAGAAAUUGGUGAGGAUGAUUAUACACUAGAUAUUGGCGAGAAAGUGCUCGCCGCCGAAGAGUUGAACGCACUAUUUGAUGGCAGCAAACGGAGCUACCAAUUCCGUGCUCUUGCACGCAAAACGGUAUCAUACCAAAAACGACAAUGGUUCGUCAACAUCUGUUGUAUUAUACUAUGCCCAGUAUUAAUGGUCGCCAUCGCUGGUAUUAUGGGAAUUGUGAUUACGAAUUUGAUAGCAUCAUCCACUACCGCUGAAGAGUUCUUAUGGUGCUCAAACACAAGCGCAUUCGACGUGAACGGUGAACCGAUCGACCCCAAGGGUGACCUUCCGUUGGUCCCUGCAGAGACAUUACCCAAUGUUCGCGCGGGUGUGAACCAAGUUGCCUUGACAAAUUAUUACCUCCCUCCUCCAAGUGACGAUCCCUUCUCGGUGCCCGGCAGCCCUCAGCUAUGUGUAUACUGGUUCGAACGUGAAUAUCCAUUCCAGGCCCCAUAUCAACCCGAUCCAGCGGCAGCAAGCGAAAAUCUGCGCAAAGCAAACACUUACUUACCCGACCCAGUUGGAGGAUGGUUUAAUCUGAGUCAAUUAAUGAAGCCAUUUUACUUAGCAAAAUAUCAGACGUAUCCACACCUGAUAGUUGCUGACGUUGGAGACGUCAAUUCGGGCACGAAAACAGCGCUACCUGACGUCGGCGAUCCGUCCAAGUUUUAUACGGAUGAUUAUCUUAAAACACAAGGAACAGGACUAUUAGGACAAUUCGAUACAAAUUAUUACGUUGACUUUUCUCGCCAAAAUGAGCAAUAUUCGAUUGCUGGAUUCAAACCCGUUCCGUACAUUGAAAAACUCAACAGCUCUGCCAACGACUUGGAUGAUCUCAUGGCAGAGCGUAUACAAUCCGUCCUCGAGAAAGUAUCAAAAACGGAUAAAUCGGCUGUAGAAGGAUUCGACGCUCCCCCUAUUGAACUGCUUAACUUUUAUAUAGAUAUUGCCGUUAUAUUACAAGAGUUACCAUGGGGAAAUAUCUUAUUCGAAAAAUUAGACCCGAUAAUCAAACAAUGGACAUAUACCUUGCAGAUAGGCAACGAUGCACGUAUAUCCGCUGCCGCAUUAUUCCCUCUACAAGGGCUGCGACGUACAGCUGUGCAAAGUCAACUGAGUAAUGCAUUUAUCAAAUCAGCAAAUGGAUCUGCGCCAACUACAACAAUUACUCAUGGUUACAGAGUUAUGCCACAAUUGUUCAACUCGCGAUUUGAACUUCAAGCUGGAACGUUGAUUGGUGGGAUUCUAUACCCGUUCGGAAUAUCAUUCUUACUACCUAUUUUCGUCAUUACUCUUGUCAAGGAGAAAGAAGAAAGAAUUCUAGUAAUGAUGAAGAUGAACGGAUUGAAGUCUUUCGUUUACUAUUUGACCCACUAUAUUCACUUUUAUAUUUUACACAUCAUCACGUCGGCAGCGUUUAUCGUCACUGGACUGCUGUUCCGUAUGCAAUUCUUCACUCUCACCAAUCCAGGAGUAUACAUUAUUUUAUUCUUCUUGUGGGGACAUGUUCAAAUAGCGCUUGCAUUCUUCUUUAGUGUAUUCUUUAGCAAAAGUCGUACUGCUCUGGUGAUUUCGUUUUUAAUAGUAUUAUGUGGCGUCAUCAUUAGUAUUGCCAUCGAUAGCAUAUUCAACCAAACCUCGGCUCCGACAGCGUACUACAUUUGGCCACCGUUUGCAUUUUAUCGAGCGUUGACUCUAGUCAAUCAAAGAAGUGUCAGUCACACCAAGCGAGCUUAUAGGAUAAAGGAUCUCCGUGGAGGAGAUGAUGUACUUGGUUCUAUUAUUGCUAUGAUUGUAGAAUAUUUCUUCUUCAUGGCAUUAUCCUUUUAUCUGACCCAAGUGCUACCUAGUGAAUUCGGAGUACCAAAACCGUGGCAUUAUAUCUUCACCGAACCUUACAAAAAAUGGCGCGACCGAAAGAAGAAAAACGCUAAAUCAGAAAAGACAAUAGCACGUCUAGAGGAAGAAGCAAUACCAGAUCUCGAUUCUGAAGAAGUCAAAUACGAAGACGAAGACGUGAAAGCGGAACGAGCUCGUGUGCUAGAGAACAAAUACCCACCUAACUCGCCGUUGGUAAUGAAACGUAUGCGCAAAGUUUACGGUAAUGGCAAACUUGCAGUAAAGGACAUAACAUUCGCCGUGGAGAAGGAUCUCAUAUUUGGUCUACUUGGUCCAAAUGGAGCCGGAAAGACCACUCUUAUUAGUAUUCUGACUGGACUAUAUGCGCCAACAUCUGGUCAUGCAACAUUGAACGGAUUUGAUACGUCUACCAACAUGAAUGAUGUGUAUCGUAGUAUUGGUGUAUGCCCACAGCAUGACAUUCUCUGGGACGAUUUAACUGUCGGGGAGCACUUGCUAUUCUAUGCGAGAUUAAAGGGUGUUCAUGCGAGUAAGGAGAAACAAGCGAUCAAAUACGCAUUACAACAAGUCCGAUUAGAACCAUUCGAAAACCGACUAUCCAAAGGAUUAAGUGGUGGCGAGAAACGUCGUCUGUCCAUUGCCAUAUCGCUUAUAGGUAAUCCAGCUGUUGUGUUUCUCGAUGAGCCGACAACAGGACUCGACCCUGAAGUGCGUCGAUUGAUCUGGAAUAUCGUCCAGGAAGCUAAACGUGGAAGGACUAUUAUAUUGACUACACAUUCUAUGGAAGAGGCUGAAGUAUUGUGUCAGAGGAUCGGUAUUAUGGCUAAAGGCACGUUGAGAUGUAUUGGACCGCAGUUGAGAUUGAAAGAAGUAUAUGGACGUGGGUUUAAAUUAAGUUUCUCAUGUCGGCCGAAGAAUGUAGAGAGAGCUACUGCAUACAUUGAAUCUCUUCUUCCGCCUUCGGCAAAGAAACUCGAUGCAUUUGUGACGAAUGUGUCAUAUGAAUUCGAGCCUGAACCUGGUCUGAUUUCUAAACUGUUUUCCAAUAUCGAGAAGAAUAAGAAAUCAAACGGUAUUGACGAUUGGGGAUUAAGUCAGACGACGUUAGAAGAAGUCUUCUUGCGUAUUAUAUCCGACUCUGAGGCCGAGGCCGAUUAA